AUGCGGAAGGCAGCAGCAUCUUACUCCUGCUUCACCAUCACCUUCCCUAAUCGCAGCCGCCGCCGUUUGGUGAAGCUCGUCUCUUGGGAUGGCCCCACGUCUUUACUUGCCGCGAAGAAGCAGCUCCUCGCCGGCGAGCUGAUGUCCGAGUUCCCGGACCGCAUCGUCUGCCACGCCAACUCCUUCUACAUCGGCCACCCGCUCCCGGUCCUCGCAGCCGCCGCCGAGCUCCUCGCGGGGGAGACCUAUUUCCUCCUCCCGGCCGACCGCUUCGGCUGCAGCAAGACUCUGACGACGGCGUCCCUAGCGUCGCUGUCUCCGCCUGCGGCGAAGGUGUCGCUCGAGGAGCAGAGUCCUUUCUCGUACGCGAAGGGCGACGACGGGAGGCAAGUCAUCAAGGUGCGGCCUGAGUUCAUAGCUAAGGUCAUCGGGUCCACGCAGGAGGAAAACGGAGGUCGGAGGAACAGGGUCGGCGACGGUGGUGGUGGAAGUAGUUUAUGCAGCACGCCGGAGCUGAGGAAGCACUACGAGCAGCUGGUGGGAUUGAAAUGCCGGCACUGGUCGCCGACGCUGGAGACAAUUACGGAGAGCAUGCACAAGGGUAGGCGAUCAUGUACAAGAUUAUUAAUGAGCAAGGUUAUACAUAAUCUAGUGGUUAGCACAUGA